AUGCCUCACGACAAAUUAGCGAAGAUUUUUCUCUCUGGGCUCCUACCUUUCGCCCGCUGUGCUGUUCUGCCUGGGCGACCGAUGCAAAAAUUGGCUCACAGCCCUCCACGUCGGCCUGCCGGAUGGCUGCUUCUUGCCAUGGCGCUCGCACUUGUACUGCAGCCAAUCUGCUUCAGCCACGUGGCCGAGGCUCAACCGCUUGCUCCGCCUCCCGCUUCUCCGCCGUCCUCACCACCGCGAGCAGGAAAAGGGUCAUCGAAUGCUACUUGCCUUCCGAAUGACGCUUGGACAGGAUCCUGCAAGCAGUGGGGGAUCGAAUGCAAUACAAUCAGCAACCUCUACUCGCUGUGGUUCCCAAACGAUCUAGUAUUGGAGAGACCGUGUACAUUGGUGUGCAACAGCACCACCAACGUGGUCUCCUGCGACCCCCCGCCUCCAUCCGACGCCCCUUGCGCCUGUGCGCUCAACAGCCCCACCAAUUACACCGGGCUGUCCGUGGCUCUGAGAGGACUCUCGGGUACCAUCCCACCAUCCAUUGGUGGCCUCGUCCAUCUCACCUACCUGAACCUUCAAGGAAACAACUUCAGUGGCCCCAUCCCCACUACGUUCUGCCAGCUCACCGCUCUACAGUACAUGGAUCUGAGCAACAACAGCCUAGACGGCACCAUUCCCGCCUGCUUCUCUGCCCUCACCAACCUCCAAGUGCUGGACCUGCACCACAACCAGCUGUCGGGGUCCAUUCCACUAGAGCUUGGCAGCAUGCUCUCUCUUCAGACUCUGUUCCUCAGGCGCAACAGACUCACAGGUGCCAUCCCCUCCAACAUCUCUCUCGCCCAGAACCUCACCAACCUCUGGGUGGACAACAACACCUUGAAUGGCCACCUUCCUGGCCCGCUGGGGAACCUCGUGAAUCUCGUCUCGCUCUCCAUAUCGCUCAAUCCGGGCAUGAAUGGGUCCAUUCCCGACACCUUCACUCGCCUCAUUUCCCUCGAGCUUCUCAAUGCGACAAGCACCGGUCUGUCAGGCACCAUGCCGCCAUGCUUUGCCAGCAUGCCCAACCUCACACGCAUCAUGCUGCCCGCAGGCAACAACUUCUGUCCAGCAGAGGGGCAGUGCUGCAGCAACAACCUCCCCAGCAACGCACCUGAGUCCUUCUAUGCGCCGCCCAACAUGAGCUGCCCCGUCUGCUCUGCCUGCUCCUCCUUCUGCAGCUCCUGCCAGCCCCCACCGCUGUCAACGGGGGCCAUAGCAGGCAUAGUGGUGGCGUGUGUGGUGUUUGUGACCGCUGUGCUGGCAGCUCUCAUCUGGUGGCAGUGGAGGAAACGAUUCGUUGCCUCCAAGCUUGCGGAGUGGGAGGAGGCGUUGAAGCGGCACUCGUUCCACCGCUUCACCCUGAGGGACAUCCGGCUGGCCACCAACAACUUCAACCGCGCCAACCUCAUCGGCCAGGGCGCCUUCGGCGUUGUCUACUGCGCCCAGGGGCCCGGGGAUCAGCUGUGGGCAAUCAAGCGUUCACGGAUGAUCGCCAAGGAUGCUGCUGAGAGCACCGUCUUUGAAACCGAGGUCCGGACCGUAUCCCGUCUGAGCCACCGCAACCUGGUCCGCCUGCUAGGCUACUGCAGCGAGCGGGGGGAGCAGAUCCUGGUGUACGAGUUCAUCCCCAACGGCCCUCUCAGCAACUACCUCUACGCCUCCCACCAGGGCGAGUGCCUUGACUUCCAGCAGCGCCUCGAGGUCGCCAUAGGCGUGGCUGAAGGCCUGGCUUACCUGCACAGCUCCACCCAGCCCGCCAUGGUGCAUCGGGAUAUCAAGCCCGCGAACAUCCUGUUAGAUGCGGGGUGGCAGGCGAAGAUUGCGGAUUUCGGGCUGGUGAAGGACUUGGGGGAUAACGGCGCGUCGGUGGCAACAAGGGUGGUGGGCACGCGGGGGUAUUUAGACCCUGAGUAUUUCAGCCGGGAUAAGGUUACCACCAAGGCUGAUGUGUACAGUUUCGGAGUGGUUCUCAUGGAGUUGGUGACAGGCCGCCCUGCGUCCUCUGUGGACCCCACCAGCGACAACCAUGCCACCAUCCACAUCUCCUCAUGGACCAUACCAUACGUGGAGGACGGAGACAUAGCGCCCAUCUCAGACCCGCGCAUCUUCACACCAGAGAUCUCAGAGCAUCUCCUCGCCAUGUCCAAGAUCGCCAAGGACUGCAUGCAGCUGCCAGGCAAGGAGCGGCCGGAGAUGGUGGAUGUGGCGCGCAUGCUGCGCGAUGUGAGGCGCCGUGCCUUUGGCGUGGGGGCGGAGGAGAUUCAGCUCGAUGAGGUGCCCACCUCGCCCCUCGCCUCAAUCUACUCCUACCACCAGUCGCAGCCACCCUCUGGCUAUGGCACAGACUCAUACAUAGAGUUCUCCGGACCCGUCCCCAAGUAG